CUUGCCGGUUAAAAAAUUCCGACUAGAUAUUCCGGAACAGCAAGAAAAGUCGCCGGAACCCAUUCAACAUGCUGAGAGAACACCAGAACCGGAACGUGAACCCGUAAAUGGUUAUCCGUUAAGAUGCGGAAGCGUUCGUUGAUGUUCCACCUCCCGGUCAACACGGACAUGAAGCAGAGUGUCGUUCGGUUCGAGUCGAUCGUGCCGUCGAGAAGGAACUGGCCCAACCGAUCAUCAAUUUUGGCGAGGUGGGACCGAUUCGAUGCAUUCGCUACACGGCCUACAUGUGUCCGUAAAUCCAGAUCAUCGACGGCGGACGUUGUUCCAGUGUUUGUUGUGCAAGGCAACGACAGAAGUUCCGGCAGAGUACUUCCGGCAUCUGGAUCACACCGGCCAGCGAAUAGACAAGUACGAGCGUCCGGAACGUACGACUUUGUGAUCACCAAGGACUACUGCCGGAAUAACACUCCGCCGAAGGCACUGGCGAUGUUGUUCGUGAUUGACGUGUCGUACAACAACGUCAAGUCCGGGCUGGUUCAGUUGCUGUGCAGAAGCUGAGG